AUGAAUUAUUUAAAGACUUUUGUGUCAAUUCAAAAACUGUCAACCAAGUCUCUAGGUGCUGGAUCAUCAACAUGGUUCUAUUCUACUGCUACUGCUACUGCUACAACUGCCACCACCAAGAAGAGUCAAGCCAAGCCAAAAUUGACAGUUGAAGAAGCCAAAGUAAAAGCUCAAGCUAAAGAGGAAAAGAAGCAAUUAAAGGCCGACAAACAACUAGAAAGAGCUGUUGCCAAGGUAGAGAGAGCAAACAAGCCAAAGAGUUUUGUCAAUGCAUGGUCAAUCUAUGUCAAAACCAACUUUGCCAACUCUCAUGGAGUUGUCACUAAAGAAAAGAUGAAACCACUUUCCGAAUCAUUUAAACUUUUGGACCAAUCCUCUAAAAAUAAAUAUGUUGAUGCGGCAGCACAACACAACAAAAAGAUUGCAGAAGAGAACCAAACUAAAUUGGUCAAACCAAAGAAACCAUUGACUCCAUACAUCCAAUUCUUUAUCACACAAAAGUCACAAUUUAAACAAGGUACCGAUAGAACCAAUUUCGCUGACAUUACCAAAAAUGUUGCCACACAAUGGAAUGCUCUUACUCCCGAACAAAAACAACCAUAUGAACAAUUGUCCCAAAAAGAUAAUACCAGAUAUGAAAAUGAAUUAUCACACUACCAAUCCAAAUUCAAUGCCGCUGUCCAACAAUUAUUGAAUGCCACCAACAACAAGACCCAAAAGCCAAAAAAGAAUUAA